AUGAAAAUUCUUACUAAAGCACUGCACGCCCUACGCAAUGGAGAUUCCAAAGUGGAAGGCGAUCUCCCUCCAAGUAGUGGUGGUAGCAUUGCAGCUGACUCGGCUCCCCUCUCCUGGCGCUAUGAAUGUUCAAGUCUUGCGCAGUCGGAGGCUGCUCGGUUGAAGGAGACCAUCAAGAUGCUAGAGGCCUCUCUUGCGCAGACUACCUCACGUCUCAACGCCUUCACUGUGGACUUGGAGACAGCAAACUUUGCUUUGGUUGAGGAGAAGGAGAAAUGUUCAAGACUCUCUCAAAGCCUCCAAACCGAACGCAAUCAAUGGCUUGAAGAACGCGAGACAUUGAUUACCAAAUGGCAAAAUGAAGCCACUGAUCGGGUAGCUGAACUCGAGGCCGCUUUGGUGCAGGAGCGAGGCAAACAGGCACAAAUUCUCUCUGAACAGGCGGAAGAGUUCAAAAUGGCUUAUUGUGCUAAAAUAGUGGACCUACAGCUCCAACUGGAGUCUGCAGAAGCUAAAGUUGAGGCCCAACGCAUGGAACUGUUGGAACAAUCGAAAGUCACCGCGACCUCCAUUCAAUCGCCACCAAGUGGCUCGCGAACGGAAGCGCCAUCUCCAAAUCAACACCUCUGUGUUCGAUGUGGUCGUUCUCUGAGCAACGCAAGCAACCCCACUAUAGUGGGUCUCAACCACCCCGACUCUGCGCGAACGCACCGUCGAACACGAACACUUGAAGAGGCGCUCUUGGGAGCUUUUGAUGACGAGGAGGCGGAAUCACCAGCCAUCCGGGAAGCCAAGAAGGAGAUCGCCGACCUGAAAGAGACUAUCAGUGGUCUGAACUCCCAACUGACAAAUGAACGUCAAAGGUUGGAAUACACCAAGAGCCUUCUAGUGGAUAGUGAGGCUACUGUUGAACGUCUUAGUACUCAAGCAAAUAUACUCAAAUCCGAAAUUCGUCGACACGAACGAAAUGCAGACCGUGAACGUCAUUUAGGCGCCGAUUCCCUUUCCCCAUCUUCUCCAAUCAACACCCAAUCAGAUUACUCCGCCUCGGAGGGCGUCACACGAACCGAGUACCUCAAAAACGUCCUCCUUUCCUUCCUUUGUGGAGCUGCCUCUACAGGAGGCAUCAACACGAGCAGUAGCAGUGCUGGUGGUGGAACUGGUAGCUCCUUGGAGAGACUCGCUUUAGUACCUGUUCUCGCAACACUGCUCGCUCUAGAUCCCAAUGAGCGGGUUGCUCUACAAAAGGUUGCCCAAUCUGGCAUGCUCCUUCAUUCUGAUGACGUUUCAUCAGAAGUGAACCUGGAUGCUGGAGGUGGUGGUGGUAGUGGAUGGGCUUUCUAUCCUCCGCCAAUUCCAGAGCCCUUCGUAGUAUCUAAUCACCUCCUGGGGACAUUUCUUAUUGGCCACUUUGGCCGGCACUAUCUCAGCCUCGCUGGUGCCUAUCCUAAAAAGGACCAACACAAGGGAUCAUUGCUGUGUCUUGUCAAUUGA